GCAUUAGGCGGCUAUUGCUCAGAAUAUCAGUUCCCAAUACUAUAAUACCCCUCUUUGAAAAGAGCCUUUCCACUACCCCUUUUUCUCUCUGAAGAGAAACUGAAAAGCAUCAUGGCGCAUGCGAGUUAUAUUUUGAUUUUCUUUCUUCUGGUUGUGGUGUUGAAUGUGUAUGUGGCUAAAGGGCAGCCUCUGGUUCCUGCAUUGUUCAUAUUUGGGGACUCUGUGGUUGAUGUGGGCAAUAAUAACGACUUAUUAACCAUUGUUAAAGCAAACUUCCCUCCUUAUGGAAGAGACUUCAGUAAUCACAGUUCAACAGGGAGGUUUUGCAAUGGGAAGCUUGCAACAGACUACACAGCUGAAAACCUUGGAUUUACCUCCUACCCACCAGCUUACCUUAACUUAAAUGUUAAAGGAAGAAACCUCUUGAACGGUGCCAAUUUUGCCUCUGCUGCUUCUGGCUACUACGAUCCCACAGCUCAGCUUUAUCAUACAAUUCCAUUGAGCCAACAACUGGAACACUACAAAGAGAGCCAGAACAUUUUGGUGGGAAUAGUAGGGCAGGCAAAUGCUUCGUCAAUUGUAUCUGGUGCUAUACAUCUUGUCAGCGCUGGAAACAGUGAUUUUAUUCAGAACUAUUAUAUAAAUCCACUGCUUUACAAACUUUACUCUGCUGAUCAAUUCUCAGAUAUUCUCAUGCAACACUACUCCACUUUCAUUCAGAAUUUGUAUGCACUUGGAGCAAGGAGAAUUGGCGUCACAACGUUACCUCCUAUGGGUUGUUUGCCAGCAGCCAUCACUCUCUUUGGUUCUGGUAGCAACGAAUGUGUGGUUAGACUAAACACUGAUGCUGUUAACUUCAAUAAGAAGCUAAACACUACGUCUCAAAGCUUGCAAAAUUCGCUUUCUGGUCUGAAAUUGGUCAUCCUUGAUAUCUACCAACCUCUGUAUGACCUUGUCACUAAGCCUUCCGAAAAUGGUUUUUUUGAAGCAAGGAAGGCUUGUUGUGGAACAGGCUUGCUAGAGACAUCUAUAUUGUGCAAUAAAGAAUCCGUAGGAACGUGUGUCAAUGCAUCUGAAUAUGUGUUCUGGGAUGGUUUUCAUCCCUCUGAGGCUGCAAACAAGGUUUUGUCCGGUGAAUUGUUGGCUGCUGGCAUCUCUCUCAUAUCCUAAUCCUGCGUCAUAUCUACUUUGGAUACUUUUUUUAAGAAUUGUGAGGUUAUUGUUGUAUUAGAUUACAAUGUUCAUUCUGUGUUUUCAAGUUUCGUGUAAUAAAACCAAUAUUCUAAUGAGUUUUCGUGCAAGACUUCUACCGAGUAUUCAACGAUGCUUGUCUUCAGUUUAGUUUAA